AAAUAGAUCGCUGGGUGUCCCGUCCAUAAGUUGUUCAGACCUGGUGCUGGUCUGGUAAUUUGCCCAUAAACAUGAGCAGAGCAACGUACAUUGGUUUUUUCGCAUAUUAUCUCCUCGUGGGAUUCAUAGAUUCGUCUGAAGGAUAUGGCACAAAAGGCGGCCAUCAGAGCUUUUCCCAGAGCUAUAGUAGUUCAUCGGCUGCGGCUCAUUCAUCAUCUUUCAGUAGUAGCGGUUCCUAUUCUUUUGGCGACAAGAGUGUCCUCCCUAUCGUUGGACCCAUUCCGAUAGCUCAAAGUUCAGCUGUAGCAUCAGCAUCAGCUGGAGCAGCCUCAGCUGUAGCUGGAGCUAUAGCCGGUGCUGCUACGGGGAAGAAUACUGCUGCUGGCUCUUCUGUAGUUUUUUCCGGAAAGGAAAAUCAUGGAGCCAAUACUGAAUAUGGUCAUUACAAAGUGGGAGGUAAUGAAGGAUCCAAAGCAUCUACGUUAAGUCCAUCUGCAGGAUAUGGUCAAACUCAUGUUAUUUCUUCAGGAGCAUCUAGUGCCACUGCACAAACUUCCACUUCAGGGGGAUCAUUUACAUCGCAUACUACAGCUAUUGUACCAGGCUCUUCCGACGAAGGAAGGGAAUCGGAUGAUAAACAAGUUAUCAGGGUACCUUGCUGUAAAACAAUCUAUCCAGGACCUGAUGGAAGUAUUUACGAUUAUAAGGAUGCACCAAUAAGUCAAACACCGGGAAUUCCAGGUCCCAUCCCAGGAUAUGUUCCGAUUCCACCUACAAAAAUUCCAUCGUCAGGUUAUGGUUCAUCCGUUACAAAUUCUGGAAGCCACGAAGGUUCAAAUACAGGCUACGGACAAGUGUCCACUGGAUCAUCGAGUUAUGGGGGUGUCAGCCAACAAACUCCUGGUUUAAACGGAACUCCAUCUCGAAAACCUUGCUGCAAAGGCCCAUUUCCAGGUCCCAAUGGUAGCAUCUACGACAGCAAACCAGCAUCGGCCGUUGGAACUGCUGUGAAACCUGAUGGUUCCCAAGUAACAAGCAAGCCUUCCCUUCCACUACAUAGACCUCCAGUCAAUUUCCCAGGACCAUCUGGAAGUAUUUACACUAGCAAACCAGCUAAUUCUGUCGGAACACCAGGAUCAGGAUCGUAUUCAUCUGGUCCAACAGAUUAUAACAAGCCUUCUACAAGUUAUAAACCAUCCGGUGGAAGUUAUCAAUUGCCGAGUCCUGGUAUAUCAAGCUCCACCAUAGCCAAGCCAGUUGGAGGGUAUCCAUCAACUGGUCCUUCGUCAGUUGUUGUCAGUAAACCUGCUGGUCAGAUAACUGGUCAGUAUGGACACCAAACUAACACGCAGACUUCUUCAAGUGGUGCCAAUUCCUACCAAACGGAAUAUCAGGCAUCCACAACAUGUAACACGGGAAAUUGCAAUAAGCAACCUCCAAGAACGUACUUACAACCACCCCAAAACGAAUUGAAACCUGUUAAUGAACCUGCUCAAGAACAACCUUCAUCUUCGACCCUUCCACAAUCAGGAUAUAGUGGUGUUAAACCACAAAUUCAAACCGUUUCAACAUCUGUCAAACCAGGAACGUCUGGGUACCAAGUAUCCAGUAUAAAUUCAGGUUACAAUACUGGAAAUUCAGGGUCUGGUUAUCAACCUACCCCAAGUAGUGGCAAUAAUGUACCCAUAGGUCCUGGUUCCAACCAAUAUCAACCUCAACAGACGACUGUAACAGGAACUGGUGUUCAAAAGGGUGUUUAUCAGGGUGGGUUCUCGGCAAGCAGUGCAACAGCAGGAGUUUCAUCUUCAUCUUCAGGAUAUUCUGCUGUAGGAGGAAUCCAUAAGACGUACGAUCAUGGGUCGGUUCAGAAACCAUCUGUAACAAUCAUCGAUGACACGCAGAGAAAUGAAAAUGAUGAUAAAAUUUCAUACGUAAGUGGACCAGGUUCUCCUAGCUAUACUACUGGAAAUGCUGCAAACUAUUACCCUUCAGUGACUGAAAAUACGAUUAAAGGAAGUGGUUUAAUCGAAGGUCCAAGGGGAUCUCCUCUGAUUCCUCACAGUUACCCAAAACAUGAGACCAAGACUUCUGGGUAUGACGAACCUGAACGCGAUUCCGCUAUAGUUUUCGUUGAUGGACAUGGUGGAUCUGGCGGCUACUCCACCGGUAGAGGUUAUGCAAGUUCUGGUACUUCAUUUUCAGGUUCCAGUGUUGGAGGUUCGAAUAUAUUAUAUUCUGGGUCGAAAGAUAGUUCUAAGAAACCUUCUGGAACAUAUGUUAGUACUAUCCAUGUUGACUUUAACAAGCCAAGUGGAUCUAGCCAAGGAACUUUUGUAGGAGGAUCAGGAACGAGUGGUCAAGGGGUUAUCUUGGUUGGAACAUCUUCAAGCGACGAUUCUAAGCCGAUUGGUGGUAACUCAGGAUCCUAUGGCUAUAUUGGCAGCUCACUUGGCCAUAAAGGUGUCAAGCAAAGUGGACAUGUACAAGAAACUUACGUAGGAGGAUCAGGAACAAGUGGUCAAGGGGUUAUUCUGGUGGGAACAUCUUCAAGCGACAAUUCUAAACCGAUUGGUGGUAACUCAGGAUCCUAUGGCUAUAUUGGCAGCUCAGUUGGCAAUAAAGAUGCCAAGCCAAGUGGACAUGUACAAGGAACUUACGUAUCAGGAUCCACUGGUCAAGGGGUUAUCUCGGUUGGGCACAAUUCUCAACUGACUGGUGGUAACGCAGGAUCCUAUGGGUAUAUUGGUAACUCAGUUAGCCACGGAGGAAGCCUUAAGAAGCCAAGUGGAUAUGGCCAAGGAACUUUCGUAGGAGGGACAGGAACCACUGGUCAAGGUGUCAUUUCCAUUGGAACUUCUUCAAUUGGAAACUCAGGAUCUUAUGGUUAUUCUGCUGGCUCUGUUGGUCAUGCAGGUAUCCCUUGUACCAGUAACGGAUGUGGAACGUCAUACAGACAGUACUCAAACGCAGUUCCAUCGUCUGGAACCAAAAAUGUGGCUGUCCAUAUCACUUCGGUUCCCAGUGGAUCUUAUGGAAAAACAGGGGGAAGUUAUGGAGGUGGAUUGAUCUCAACAUCGGCCAAAGGUGGUUCUGCUUCUGGUUCUUAUGGGGCUGCAUCGGCUAGUUCAGGAAGUGGUGCUAAUGGUGGUGGUUUUCUGUCAUCAAUAUUCCUAGAUGAUGGAACAGCAACGAAUGCUGGUUCUCACAGCAAAGCUGGUGGUUACUCACACUCUAGUUCUUUCGCCAAAGCUAGUUCUUUCGCUAGUAGUUCCAGUUUUUCUUCCGCUAGUUCAGGGUCAUACAGUUCAGGUCAUUAUUAGUCGAUAAAUGGUGUGAUACUUCGCAGAAUGAGUUUGUGAAUUGAUAUUAUAUUUGUUAUUUAUUGAAAGCUUGUAAUACGACGAAUAAAGUUUUUUAUUUUUCGAAAA